AUGGCUCAUCACCGUCCUCACUCUGUUCACCUUCAUCCUCUACAUCCUAUCCCUUUACUGGGCCGUGCUCCCCAUGUCGAAGAGAACCUAUCGGCCCUGACCGUGACCGUGGUCAGCUUCGAUAGCCAAAUUCCUCCGUAUGAACCCACCGCGCCGCUCGUCGGCCCUGUGAUUGAACGCCUUGCUCGCGAACAAGCAGCCAUCCCCAAAGGCAGGCCAGGCUACGUUAUCCAGCCGCCAUCAAAUUACGCCAACGACCCUUUCGCCGUCCGUCAGGCCGUGUACGACGAACACAUUUGGGCUGCCAUCAUCGUCAACGCCAACGCAACCACGCUCCUCCAACAGGCCGUGGCAACGGGCAAUCAAUCCUACCAACCACUCGGGGCGUGUCAAAUAAUCGUCAACACGGCCCGCGAUCAGGACACAUACUACAACUACCUCAUGCCUCUCCUCUCUCAAUUCGAAGUAUCCGCAACCUCAUCCUUCGGCGAACAAUGGAUCCGCACCGUUCUGUCCAACAUCUCCCUCUCCGCCGGCACAUACUCACGCGCGCCACAAGCACUCAACCCGGCGAUCGGAUUCUCCAUGUUCAAUCUACGUCCGUUCUCUCCAAGCCCAGUGACUCCCAGCGUGACGACCGGGCUGAUCUACCUGAUCAUCAUCGCCUUCUUCAGCUUCUCCUUCUUCCUGCCCGUGUAG